UCGAUAUCCGGGCGGUGAUAGCCGAGCUCCGCCACAGCCUCUUGGGAAUGAGAGUAAACAACGUUUAUGAUGUGGACAAUAAGACAUACCUCAUCCGUCUUCAGAAGCCGGACUGCAAGGCGACGCUCCUCCUGGAAUCCGGCAUUCGGAUUCACUCCACCGAAUUCGAGUGGCCCAAGAACAUGAUGCCGUCUAGCUUUGCGAUGAAGUGUCGCAAGCACCUGAAGACCAGAAGGCUUGUGAGCGUGAAGCAACUUGGCGUUGACAGAAUAGUAGAUUUCCAGUUUGGGAGCGACGAAGCCGCCUAUCACUUGAUCAUAGAGCUGUACGACAGGGGGAACAUUGUCCUGACUGACCACGAAUACCUAAUCCUGAACAUCCUGAGAUUUCGCACCGAUGAAGCGGAUGACGUCAAGUUUGCGGUUCGGGAGCACUACCCGGUCGACAGCGCCAAAGCGGCCUCGCCCCUGCCCAGUUUGGAAAGGCUGACUGAAAUAAUAACCACCGCACCUAAAGGAGAACAGAUAAAGCGAGUCCUAAACCCCCACCUUCCUUAUGGAGCCACACUCAUUGAGCACUGCCUUAUAGGAGCGGGAUUUUCAGGCAGUGCCAAAACAGACCAGAUGGAAGGCAAAGACUUCGAGAGGCUACUUGUCGCUUUACAAAAUGCAGAAGAAUAUAUGGAGACUGUGGACAGCUUUGAUGGAAAGGGCUUUAUCAUCCAGAAGAGGGAGAAAAAGCCAAGUUUGGAACCGAACAAACCCACUGAAGAAAUCCUCACAUACGAGGAGUUUCACCCUUUCUUGUUUUUGCAACACUCAAAAUGUCCGUAUGUGGAAUUUGAGUCUUUCAACAAGGCAGUGGAUGAAUUCUACUCCAAGCUGGAAAGCCAGAAGAUCGACUUGAAGGCGUUGCACCAGGAGAAGCAAGCAUUGAAGAAGCUGGAAAAUGUUCGGAAGGACCACGAGCACAGAUUAGAAGCACUCCACCAAGCCCAGGAAAUCGACAAGGUGAAAGGCGAGCUCGUAGAAAUGAACCUCGAGAUCGUCGACCAAGCCAUCCAGGUGGUCCGGAGUGCCUUAGCGAACCAGAUCGACUGGACGGAGAUCGGUGCCAUCGUCAAAGAGGCCCAAGCCCAGGGGGACCCGGUGGCCAGCGCCAUCAAGGAGCUGAAGCUGCAGACCAACCACAUCACCAUGCUCCUGAAAAACCCAUACGUGCUCUCAGAUGUGGAGGAGGAGGAGGCGGAGGAAGCGGCCACAAAAGAGGAGGCGGCGGAAAAACCGAAGGGGAAGAGGAGGAAGAACAAGGCCAAGCAGCCGACGAAGCCUCUCAAGGACCAGCCUUUGCUUGUGGACGUGGACCUCAGCUUGUCUGCCUACGCCAACGCCAAAAAGUAUUACGAUCACAAGAGGCAUGCAGCCAGGAAAACCCAGAAGACCGUGGAAGCAGCAGAGAAGGCCUUCAAGUCGGCAGAGAAGAAGACCAAGCAGACCCUGAAAGAAGUCCAAACAGUCAGCACCAUUCAGAAGGCCAGGAAGGUUUAUUGGUUUGAGAAAUUCCUGUGGUUCAUUAGCUCUGAAAAUUACCUUGUUAUAGCUGGAAGAGACCAGCAGCAAAACGAAAUGAUCGUCAAGAGGCACCUGAGGCCAGGCGACAUCUACGUCCACGCUGAUCUCCACGGAGCCACCAGCUGCGUCAUCAAGAACCCAACAGGGACCCCCAUCCCACCUCGGACGCUCAUGGAGGCAGGCACGAUGGCUCUGUGUUACAGUGCGGCUUGGGAGGCCCGUGUCGUCACUAGCGCCUGGUGGGUGUAUCAUCACCAGGUGUCUAAAACUGCCCCCACUGGAGAGUAUCUGACCACUGGAAGCUUCAUGAUUAGAGGGAAAAAGAAUUUCCUCCCUCCUUCCUAUCUGAUGAUGGGCUUCAGCUUCUUAUUUAAGGCGGACGACUCUUGCGUUUGGAGACACAAAGGUGAGCGGAAGGUCAAAGUGCAGGACGAAGACAUGGAGACCGUCACCUCCAGCACCAGUGAGCUGGCAGCCGAAGAAACGGCACCCCUCGAGGAAGACGACGUCAGCAGCAGCGAUGAGGACGAGGGAGGGGAGGCCAAGGAGAAGGCGGAGAAGGGGGAAGACUCGGUUGAAGGGCGGUCUCCGGAGGUCGGCGAGGAUGGGGCAGGGGAUGCCAUGGCUUCAGAGGGGUCCUCCAGUGAGGAGAACCCCAGUUCAGAGGAAGAGGCUGAAGAACCAGCCGAGAAGGCCCAAGAAGAGGAGGAGGAGGAGAUCAGUUUUCCAGACACGACCAUCGAUCUCUCACACCUGCAGUCCCAAAGAUCCCAGCUGAAAUCGGCUCCCAGAGAGGACACCGCGAGCGUAAGCGAUGGGAAGUCCCAGAGCCGGAGGCAUCUCUCAGCCAAGGAGAGGAGAGAGAUGAAGAAGAAGCAGCAGCCACCGAGUGACCCCGGCAACGAUUCGGACCCUCCGAGGGGAAAGGCGGAGGAAGAGGCCCAGCUCCCGCCCCCUCCCGGGGGGAACAAGAACACAGCCCCCCAGCAGCCGGUCAAAAGGCGGCAAAAGAGCAAGCUGAAGAAGAUGAAGGAGAAGUACAAAGACCAGGACGAGGAGGACCGCGAGCUCAUCAUGAAACUGCUGGGGUCUGCCGGGCCGGUCAAAGAAGAGAAGCCAAAGAAAGGCAAGAGAGGGAAGACGAAAGACGACACCGCCAAGAAACCGCCCCAGAAGCCGAGGGCAGGCCAGAGGGCGACGGAGACGGCCAGGGUCAAGGAGGGAGCUCACAUCGAGUUGGAAGACGGUGCUCUGGAGGAGGAACCGGAUGAGAAGGAGGAGCAGGACCAAGAUCAGCACGCCAGCGAGGAGGCGGAGGCUCUCUUUGACUCCCUGACCGGGCAGCCCCACCCUGAAGACAUCCUCCUGUUUGCCGUCCCCUUCUGCGCCCCGUACACCACCAUGACCAACUACAAAUACAAAGUCAAGCUGACUCCAGGCACCCAGCGGAAAGGGAAAGCCGCGAAGACCGCCUUGCACAGCUUCAUGCAGUCCAAGGAGGCGACCCCACGAGAGAAGGACCUCUUCCGCAGCGUGAAGGAUACAGACCUCUCGAGAAACAUCCCGGGCAAAGUGAAGGUGUCUGCUCCUCAUCUCCUGCACACCAAAAAGAAAUAGGAGGGGGGCGCCCAUACAGGCCGCCACAACCCUGCCGCCGGGGGCCGCCUCUCCCUGACCGCGAGUUGGAUGCCCAAGCUCAAGAAGAGCCCUCUUCCGGUUUUGCUAAUAAAGUCCAAUAUGCCUGUCCUUGACUGUGGUUGUUGCGU